AAUUUAAUUUAAUAUUAAAAUUUUUUUUGCAAACUGGGUGCCUGGGCCACUUCUUGGCUUUUCUUUUUUGCUGUUCUUGUUGUCUAGAUUUUUUUUUAUCUAAUGGAACUUCCAACACCAGGACAAAUUGUCACAUACGACUAUAGAACUACUGAGAGUCAAGUCAAUCAAGUACAAGACUUGAAAAUAUUACAGUGGAAUGUUGAGAGAAAUUACGAAUCUGAGGAAAUUAUAAAAGUAAUUCAAGAUCUUGACCCUGAUGUCAUUAUGCUUCAAGAAGUUGAUAUAUUCUGCAAAAGAUCAGGCAACCGAGAUCACAUGCAAGAGCUAUGUAGGGCACUUAAAUUAAAGGGUGGUUUCGUUUGUGAAUUCCAAGAGCUUGAUAGUCCCCUUCGAGGGUUACGUGAUGCUGGAGGCGGUGUUCAUGGUAAUGCUAUUUUAUCAAAGCAUGAUAUCGAAUUCAGAAUGCUUGAGCAUCGAAAAGAAGCAUAUGAUUGGAACAAGCAUGGGAAAUGGUUAAGAGAACCAAGAAUUGGAAAGCGAUACACAUUAGUUGGCACAGUAUAUGCCCCUUCGCUACCACCCGUACUCUGCUAUUGUGUUCAUCUAGAGGUCUUCACGGGCAUCAUCAACCGAGUACACAAUUUCGCUGAUAUUUUUGAAGAUGCCUCAAGUAACGCAGAAAAAUACCCACAUCAAGUUAUCUGUGGUGACUUGAAUACGUUGGCUCACUCAAUAGCACGCUUUUCACCAAAGUAUGCUAGAGAUAGAUAUAGGCUAAUGUCUGUAGGCGACACAGAGAGUAAUUGGUUUGAUCGACAUGUCAUGGCAGUCUAUAGAGACCAACAAUAUGAGUACAAUCUUCGCUUAGCUGGCUCUGGGUUUCCAUUUUCAGCCAUGCCCGUACGCCUUGUUCGAUUCAUCUGGCAAAUGAUUGGACCUAAAAUAUUCGAAAUAAUAAGUGGAUUUGAUGUUGAGACGCUAAAAAGAGCACGAAACCCUGGUUUUUAUGAUCCUUGGGAUCCUAAUGAAGUCACCUUACGCAAUCCAAAUUAUUUUGGUCUAUUUUCGGCUAAACUUGACUGGACGAUGGUAAGAUGUAUGGACGUGCGUCAAAAGUGGAUUGGAAACAGAGACUUUAGCGCUAGUGACCAUGCUUAUUUGAUGCUAAAAGUCAGCCCUGAUGACUCUGAGAAGGUUGCGCAGGUUCCAGCCAUUUGGAAACUUCGUCGUCAACAAUGGCAACCUAAUGGAUUUGCUCCUUACAGACGCACGGCUAUUGGAACCACCUUGUUGACACUAGUUUUAACCUUGCUUUCACAGUGGUUAAUUCAUAUGUAUAAGCAAUUUAUGUUGUAACUAGACAUCACUCUAUAAUUAUAGUAUAUACCGCCUCUCUCUUUCUUUCUUUCUUUCU